CAAGGGGCGAAGGAUAGGCCACUUUUUUUGAGUAAAAAAAUGAAAUCACCCAAGCGUAACGACAGCGCGCCGCCAUAUUGGUGUAUAUCUAGCAGACGAAGUUUUUCCCAAUAAUCCGCCAUUUUAUAACUAUUUGUAUAAGGCACAACCAUUUGAUUUAAAGUUUAAAGAAACCGCCAUUCUUUAUUGACAUGUUUAAAUAAAACACAUAGCAGACGACGUUAUUUUUAAACUUUGGUAGUAUAAAGCAGACGACUUUUCCGUUGAUAGUCCUUUGCGGUCUCGUUUACAUUUUUUUUGAGAUAUUUAAAUCGUUUUCCAAUAAUUUACUAUCACUUUAGCUGUUUACAUCGAAAGAUACACAUCGGUACUCUAUUAUUUUAAAGCGAAAGCCAUUCAUACAGUCGUACAACAGUCAACAUGGCUUAUACCUGCGAACAGUGUGGAGCUAGUUUUACUAAACUAAGUCAGUUGCUCCGGCAUAGAAGAACAGAAAAUCAUUGGCAAAAAUUUACUUGCCCUAGCUGCAAGAAGUCUUUUAAUAGAAAACAGAACUUAGAUCGUCAUAUGAAGAAACAUGCCGACGAGAAUACCCAUCAUUGUCCAGAAUGUCUUAAAGUGUUUACAAGGAAAGAUGCGCUUGAUGAACAUUUUUCACAACAUGAAAAUCAAUCUGGCGGUGGAAUGAAAAGAACUCAUGGUGAUAACGAACAUAAUAGCACAGGAAAACGACAAAAAUUAACACCAAAGGAUAAUGCCUCGGAAUACUAUAAAAUGGAGAAAAUAAACGAAAGGCGAAUUGAAAAGUUCAACACCACGGCGUCUUACUAUAAGAUUAAAAUCAAGGACUUGGAAGUGAGAGAUCUACAAAAUAUUUUAAAAACACUGAAAGUAAUAUUUCAGUCUAUAUUGUCAACAAUUACAGAAAAUAUUCCAGCCAAUGAUUUAGUGAGGGUGUCCAUGGAUAAUCCAGAACUGGACUAUCCAAUUGUGUUGAGAUUUAUGCCAAGAUCAGCUCUUACUGUAGAUAGGCUUUUGUCGGAAAUAGAAAGGGUCCUGCAAUCAUACGAACAAUUUGUGGUUGAUGAGACAUUUGGUAUCGAACUGGUUCAUGUUUCAAACGUUACAGGCUCAGGAUACAGAAUGAAACCAACAGUAGACAUUACGCAAAUGUUACAGAACAAGAAAAGUGUAAUACAAAUAAAAAAUAAAGAUGAGCUAUGCUUAGCGAGAGCCUUAGUGACUGCCGUUGCCCGUGUUGAAAAACACCCGCAGUGGGACAAUAUUCGCCGAGGCCGUCAAAUACAACAAGACUUGGCCAUAGAACUUCACCAAAAAGCGGACGUGCCACUUGGUAAAUGCGGAAUAGAAGAAGUGAAAAAAUUCCAGGCGACCAUUUUGAACUAUCAGAUCCACGUAGUGUCUAAAGCACACUUCAACGCUAUCAUUUAUCAAGGACCGGAGGGAGGUGUACCUAUAUACAUUUACAAUCAUGAUGAUCAUUAUGACGUUAUAACUUCAAUGACAGGAUUUUUGAACAGAAACUUUUUUUGCCAGAAGUGUAAGAAAGGAUACCAAACCGAAGAACGUCAUAGGUGUAAUAACCCAUGUCAUUACUGCCGUAAGCUUCACGAAGAUGUGUCUGAAGACUGGCAAUUCUGUGAAACCUGCAACUGUAAAUUUGUAAAUCAAACUUGUUUUGAUCUGCACAAUAAGAAGACGGAAAAGGGAAAAUCAACUUGCGAAUUGUAUUACAGAUGUAAACAUUGCAGCCAACUUAUUAAUUGUUCAAAACAUAAACAUGACCAUAUUUGUGGUGAAAAAUAUUGCGACACAUGCAAAGACUUUGUUAGUGAGAAUCACUUAUGCUACAUGCAACCGGUUGAAGAUGAUGACACUCCAGCAGAAAAUGAUAUAAAGAAAGAAAAACAAACAAAAUAUAUUUUCUUUGAUCUCGAGUGCACACAGGAUAAACGUCUUGAAUGCCCUGCUGGUUACCUUCCUGGUGUUAACAAUACAUGUGUUAAUUGUAAAAAGUCCUGGUGUGGAUCUAUGGAACAUAGGGCAAAUUUAUGUGUAGCACACAGGGUUUGUAGUGCUUGCAUGCAUCUUGAAGUUACUUCUUCUUCAAAGUGUUCACAAUGUGGUCCCAAUGAAUGGGUGUUUUCAGGUUCAAAUACUAUCGAGUCAUUCUGUAAGUGGUUAUUCACUGUUGAAAAUAAGGGUGCCACAGUUCUUUGCCAUAAUUUCAAAGGGUAUGAUAGUUAUCCCAUCAUGAAUUUUUUGUAUGACAACGCCAUUCUGCCCGAGGUGAUAACAACAGGAUCAAAAUAUAUGUCCAUUGUAGUACCUAUCUUUCAAAUAAGAUUCAUUGAUUCUCUGAAUUUCAUUCCAAUGGCCCUUGCAAAUAUGCCUAAAGCUUUUGGAGAAACUGAACUGGCAAAAGGGUACUUUCCACAUCUAUUCAAUACGACAGAAAAUUACUCGGUAGAACUUGAUCAUCUGCCCGACAUUAAGUAUUAUAACCCCGACAGUAUGAAACCAGAAUCACGUCAAAAGUUUUUAGAAUGGUACGGUAUAAAUAGGCACACACCCUUCUCACUGCAGACAGAACUAUUGCGUUACUGUCAAUCUGAUGUUGAUAUUCUUAGAAAAUGUUGUCUUAAAUUCAGAACACUGUUCAAAGAACUCACUCAAACAUCGGAUAAUGAUGGAAUAGACCCAUUUGAGAAAUGCAUUACAAUAGCAUCAGCUUGUAAUCUUGUUUUUAGGAGUAUUUUCUUGAAUCAUGAAACUAUUGGUAUCAUCCCAUCUCAUGGUUACCGCCCCGAGGCCAAGCAGUCAAUCAUGGCUUAUCAAUGGUUAUCCUACCUUGCAUUUGAAAGGCAGAUAUAUAUCCAACAUGGCCGAAAUAAGGGGGAGAAACAAAUAGGACCCUAUAAAGUUGAUGGGUACUAUGAAACAGCUGAAGGUCAAAAAGUUGUUCUAGAAUUCCAUGGCGAUUUCUGGCAUGGCUGUCCGAAAUGUUUUUCUAAAAGCACAAUUAAUCGGGUUAAUGGAUUAUCCAUGUCUGAAUUAUACACAAACACCCUUGAUAAGCAAAAGUAUCUUGAAUCUGCAGGGUAUAUUUAUGAAUGUAUAUGGGAAUGUGAUUUCAGAAAGAAAUUAGAAUCCAAUCCUAUCAUGAAAAAGUACAUCGAAUCUUUGGAAAUUGUGCCGCCCUUAGAACCGAGAGAUGCCUUCCAUGGUGGACGCACUGAAGCAUUUAAAAUGUAUGCAGAGUCCACGGCUGAUACUCAUAUUAAGUACUUUGAUGUCACAUCUCUGUAUCCAUUCAUCAAUAAAACAGGGAAAGUACCCUUAGGCCAUCCAAAUAUAAUCACUGAAAACUUUGAGAAUUUAAGUAAUUAUGAAGGGUUAAUCAAAUGUAAGAUUCUACCGCCAAGAAAACUGUAUAUUCCUGUUUUACCAACUAAAUGUAACGGCAAACUUAUGUUCAGUCUCUGUCGUACUUGCAGUGAAACCUAUGAAAAUGGAAAAUGUCAACACGAUGACAAUGAAAGGGCCAUUACAGGCACUUGGGUUACUGAUGAAGUAAAAAUGGCUUUAUCACAGGGUUAUAGACUUUUAAAUGUUUACGAAGUAUGGCAUUUUGACGAAAUGGCUCAAUAUGACCCUCACACCAAAACGGGAGGGCUUUUUACUGAAUAUGUGAAUACUUUUUUGAAAGUCAAACAGGAAGCCAGUGGUUGGCCAGACUGGUGUAAAACAGAAACAGACCGACACAAAUACAUCCAAGAGUAUUUUGAUAAAGAAGGUAUUUUACUAGAUUAUGAUAAGAUUGAAGAAAAUCCUGGUCUGAGACUUUUAGCUAAAAUUAUUCUUAACUCUUUCUGGGGGAAAUUUGGACAACGUUCAAACCUUACGCAAACAACCUUUAUUGAUGAUCCCGUUCAGUUCAUUGAUAUGAUGACCUCAGACCAACAAGAAAUCAAGAACGUACGCUUCAUAAAUGAUGAAGCAGUCCAGUUAGACUGGGCAUAUAAUACUGAUUUCAUAGAAACAUCAGGUAGAACCAAUGUUGUUGUGGCUGCAUACACAACCGCUCAAGCCCGUUUGAAAUUGUAUAGUUAUUUACAAGCGCUUGGAGACAGAGUUCUGUAUUGUGACACUGAUUCUGUUGUGUUCACCUCUUCCCAGGGACAGUGGGAACCCGCUUUAGGGGACUUCCUCGGAGAUUUAACAGAUGAAGUUCCUAACAAUCAAAUAACUAAAUUUGUGACAGGGGGGCCUAAGAACUAUGCGUAUUGUUUAGAAAAGCCAAAUAAAAAAGGUCAAUCUUCCAUUUGUAAAGUACGGGGAAUUACGCUAAAUUUUAAGAAUUCACUGGACAUUAAUUUUGAUACACUGAAAGAUAUGGUAACGGGACAGAUGCAAAACCAAUGCGUUAAGGUUGUAGACAUAAAUAAAAUCGUUAGAAACAGAGAAAUGUGUCACAUCAUAACAAAGACAGAAAUAAAAGACUAUAAAAUUGUGUUUGACAAGAGAGUGAUCUCUGAAAACUACAAUUCGUUCCCUUACGGUUAUUAAUAAUGUAUUGAGAAUCACAAUAUUAAGUUUAUUAUUAGCGUAUUUACUUGAAAGUAUAUGCAUUGUAUUUAUGUAUUUUACAUUUGUUUCUUGCAUUAUCUAUGUUGUAAUAACUGUAAAUAAAAUACGUCUAAAGUCACAAAAUCUUGUUCUGUUUUUCAUGUUCGUUUUAUUUACCCCACAGACUGUAAG